AUGCAGGACUCAGAGCCUCUGAGCCCGAAAGUACUCAAGAGGCAACGUGGCUCAAGAGGAAAUGUAUACCCGAAAAAUGCGCACGAUCAUUACAUCCGCGUGAAGGUUGGAGGCGAGCUAGCCAGAAACAUCUUCGCAGCAAGCUGGGGCUACGGAGGUCGAGAUUUGUGGUGGAUUACACAGCUAUGCGUCUGCUCUAGAUUCCGUCGCGAUAGUCUCGUAAGUAAGCUUCUUAUGAUUCUGCGCCAAGGGGAGCCAGAGCCAGGCUUCGUCGGCUUCGGUAUACAUAGUUCACAUUCUCCUGCUAUUCUCACUGUCCUCCGGGAUUUUGGCCGCGGCGUUGAAGAAGUCUUUCCGAGGAUGACGAAAGAGCAUGCGCAAGCAGUCGUGGCUUCUUCACCCGUUGGUUACAUUCGUAAAGCAUGCUUGCCCGGCUCGAUCUUCAACUUCAAAAAUCAAGGUGACGGAACUGUACCCUGCGCCGACGCGCAAUUCUGGUGGAGCAUGCGGAAUCUCUGGCUGCGUUGGAAAUUGUUCCCGCGAAUGGUAUUAUGUGGCCAUUUUAUGUGGCCAUUUGGGGAGCUUCCAGAUGGCCGUGAGUUUCUAUGGUGA